GGUGGGCGGGGGAGAAGGUCGAGAUGCCCGGGGAGGGGAAACCUGGGCCGGUUGCUGCCGCGUCUCUUUUCUCAAGGCAGCCACAAAAUUAGCCGCCGGCCAGGCUGAUCGAGGAGGACACGUGCUCGGUUCACGGCCAUGCAAAGCAGGCGCGAGGCUCUUCAGUGCGGCGGGGAAUGCAACUUUAAACAUGCUCAGAUGCACUGUUGUCUCUUUGUAAAGACAAAACCCUCCCUCUUUCCCCCGGGUCUCAGCUCUCCGGCGUCCGCUCUUGAUGCGACUCCUUUUUCUUUUUUUUUCUUUUCCUUUCCCCUUUUCUUUGCCUCCACCAGUGUUGGUGCCCGGGAAGAGGAGUCGUGCAUGGAGAGCAAGGUCCAUAGACCUUGUAGGGAUGGUUGGCUAUGAUCCGGAUUCCGACUGUAGCUCCCUUUCGACUCUGAAAGUCGCAGCGGCAGGAUCCGCUUCCGGACUGGUCACUCGGGCGAUGAUCGGCCCUUUUGAUGUGCUGAAGAUUCGAUUUCAGCUUCAGAUAGAGCAGCUUUCCUCCAAAAAUCCACAGGCGAAGUAUCAUGGUAUCUGGCAGGCUGCUGGUAAGAUUUUUCAGGAGGAAGGGGUCACUGCAUUUUGGAAAGGUCAUGUCCCCGCUCAACUUCUUUCCAUCACAUAUGGGGCUGUCCAGUUUGUCAGCUUUGAAUUUCUGACAAAGCUGGUGCACCAUGGCACAACUUAUGAUGCUCGUGACUUCACUGUGCACUUUAUCUGUGGCGGUCUGUCUGCUUGUGCUGCUACUGUGACAGUUCAGCCUCUUGACACAUUGCGCACUCGCUUGGCUGCCCAAGGAGAACCGAAGAUUUACAGGAACCUCCGCCACGCUGUGGUCAGCAUGUACCAGAAGGAAGGACUGCUGACUUUCUAUAGGGGGCUGAGCCCAACCAUAAUUGCCAUUGUUCCUUAUGCCGGCUUCCAGUUUUCCUUCUACAGUCUCCUGAAGAGGGUGUACAACUGGAUUGUUCCAAGCGAAGACAUGAAGAAAGGUAAUAUUAGAAACCUAGUGUGCGGCAGCUGUGCUGGUGUCCUCAGCAAAACUCUGACCUAUCCCUUUGACCUGUUCAAGAAGCGACUGCAAGUGGGUGGCUUUGAACAAGCCAGGGCGGCCUUUGGGCAGGUUCGAACAUACACUAGCAUCAUGGACUGUGCCCGACAGAUAAUCUUGGAUGAGGGACCCAGAGGAUUCUUCAAGGGCCUCUCCCCAAGCUUGUUGAAGGCUGCUUUCUCCACCGGCUUCACCUUUUUCUGGUAUGAGCUCUUUUGCAAUUUUCUGCUAACAAUGCAAGUCUCCGGUGGUCCUAAGAAGCAAGAAGGCUAAUUAUAAGCAAGAGUUGCCGCCUGCCUCCAGUGGAUGUUCUUGGAGUGUAAUUGCAGCUGCAGUCGUCAUCGUUGGGGACUGAGGGGUGAGGCAGGGCAUAUGGGAUUGGAGAAUCGAGACAAGUGACUCUUUGCACAAACCCAGGAUGCACAUUGCUCGUUGGUUUGGCUCAAAACAGAAACGGUGGCUCACCUCAACACCUGCUCAGGUUGUCUCUUUAGUCUGCAGCUGCAGCAUUUGUGAGUCUUGAUGAGGUUCAUCAUCAAGGCCUCUGAAGAUCUUUGUUGUAAAGGUGUGUCUGCUUUUUCUAUUGUUUCAUAACAGAGGGUUUGAAUCAGACCCCAGUUCACAUAUCAAAAUCCCCUUUUGUGACCCUGGAAACUUGGUACCCUUAAACAGAACUAUAUAUUGACUAGUGGAUGGCCAGACUCCUUCAGCAUGGCCAUUUUGCAAUGCCUGUGAUAAGCUGGAGAUCCUGGCAUUCAGUAGUGCCGAUGGGACAAUUGCUUAAUAGACAACUACCUGCCUUGGCCAUUCAGCUCCGGCAGUAAAAAUGCAAUAGCUGUUUUGUCAGCCAUUCCCUUGCCUCUUGGCUGAGGUUCUUGCAGGCCUUGUGAUUUUGCAGUGUUCCAUUAGUGAGUCUGUGGAAAUUGUCUGUUGCCAAAAUCCUAAACAAAGUAGAGGAAGCGCUGCAUGCAUAUCUUUCCCUUCUGUGUUAGCAGGGCCAUUAGUGUUCGUGGUUCCUCUUGCCCUGCGCAUACAUAAAUAUAUUUUGCCACUACUCCAAAUUAAAAAUAGAGGGCAAGCAUACAAGCGGCCUGUAAACUAGACACUUAUAUUUUUGCACUAUCAACUUCUUUCUUACUAAAACAAACAUGCUGGAUCUAAAUUCUUAAGAAGUUUUCAUUUUAAACUUUUUCAUUUUGAAUCAAAGUGAGGAAAAAAUAUUGUUGACUAUACAAUUAUUCCGUUUCAUUUUGCGAUAGGACGCAUCUUUUAAAAUAUCGUAAUGAUUUUUCUUAAACAAUAUUAUCCUCUGAUAGCUUCUUUUUCCCCAAGAAAAAGCUCUGGAAUAACAAUGGAUACUUUUUUUCAGCAAACUCUUAACAUUUAGUGAAAAAACAGUUGAAGAGGACCAUUUGCCUGGCUGAAUUUGGCCAAUUUUAUAUAUGAUGAAAGCUAUAAAGAAAAUUAAACGAUUGGUGCAAUCUUGUCAAAGUUUACUCAGAAAUAAAUCUCACUAUGUACAUUUAGAAUUGCAGCCUUUACUUUCCAAGUCAUUGGUAGAUUUCUCAACUUCCUGGUACAUACUCUGUAUUUACAUUAAAACGUUCACAGCAAUUGGGUAAGUAAGUUUGCUUUAAGGCUUUGUCCUCACAAGCUGAAUAUUCUUGGACUAAUUCAGUUUUGCCUGAUAUAAAAUAUAUGAAUUGUCAUGGUCCCAGUUUCACACACAGGAAGAAGCUGAUUCUCUAUUCCCUGCCUAUUUUCUAUGCACUUAUCUGUAAAAUGUAAAUGUAAAAGCAUAAAAAUAAUGUAUAUUUAUUUAUUUAGAUAUUUUUUAUACUCUAUAAUCUUUGCAUGGUAUCGGGAAAAAGCAAUCUGACAGGAUGAGUACAGUUGGGAAAUCACCAAGUUGAUUUCUACUCCAUGACCUCCUUUCAGCAUAGGACAAUCCACGUUCAGAUAUAUUGCUAAGUUGAAGGUACCGUAGUAAUACACAAGAACACUCCAGUUUGCUAUAUACCUGAUAGAUAUAAGCAAAGCUUCUGAAAAGAGAGGUUUUAAAAAAUAGAUUUGUUUCCAGCAGUAUCUGCAAAUUCUUUUUAUAAAACUUCCAGUACUGGCAGGAUGGAUUUUAAUUCAUGCUGAAAUCAGUAGAAUCAGAGCCGUUGGUGUUUGGAAGCACAGAGACUGCAAACAGGAAAGUUUAAAGUUACUUUCUUUUGCUUACCUACUGGGUCAGGUUGUUCCUUGUACUCUUUAUCUGUAUUUAUUUUCAUAAGAGCUGUGAAAGUCACAUUCCAGCUACAUUGCAUACCAUUGGAAGGGCCCUGAUUUAUGCAAACUUUGCCUUAUGUAUCCUAAGAACAAAGGUUGCUUCCAUUUCUCUGAAAUAUUUGUUUUGGACAGGUGGGUUCUCUUCCCAAAGUGUUCAUAGGCCUUUCCUUCUUUUGUUGUCUAAGAUUGGAAUUGCUGAUUCAGAUACUUUCUAAAAUGCACCUAGGGUAGGCUCCUUUGUCAAAAGGCAAACAACAGAUUCACCAGAAAUGCAGCAACAACUGUCCUUGACAUGUUUUUUAUUAUUUUAUUUAUCAAAUUUUGAGGCCAUUGACUCCUUAAUGAAUCUGGAUAGAUUACAGACAAAAAACAAUAAAUAUGAAUAAGAACACUACUGACUAGACCAGUGUUAUGGUUGGUUCAUAACUGGUGUUCUGUUCUUCUAGUCCAGUGUUUCAACUCCCAUAAUCCCCCAGCCAGCAUACUCCCAGAAUUUCACCCCUGCCCCAGCAUGCUGGUUGAGGAAUUAUGGGAGUUGAAGUCCACCCAUCUUAAAAUUGUCAAGGUUGAGAAUCACUGGACUAGAAGAACAGAACACUGGUUAUGAACCAACUAUAACUAAAAGGGGCUCCACAAUCACCUUGCCCUCAAGGGCUCCUGUGUCUUUCCCCACCUAUACAAUAGAGGCAUUACCUCAUGAAACCUGCCUUUCUGUCAGAAUUACCCUCUUUUUAAGCACACAAACUAGCAAGCUUAAGAGGCAAGCAUGAAGUCACAGCAAUCCAAAGAAAGAAGGAACACUUCACAUUUGUAGUCUCCAAAUAUAAGCUAGGUCACUUAUCUUUCAGUUCUCCUCUAUCCUUUAGUGCGUCCUUCAAUCGGCUUCCUCAAAUAUGUUAAUUUUAAGAUAUUGUGCCUUAUGACAGUGCCAAAAUCAGUGUAUACUUUAAUAAUUCAGUGUUUACAAGGCAGCAUAACAUGGAUAGUUCAGCAGUCUCUCCCAAUACCUCCAAAAUCGUUGAUGGUUAUUAUCUGGGCACCUAUGCCAAUGAGAACCCAGACAGAUUUGUACUCCUAGUACUGUAAUCUAAAUGAUCUUUGUUGACAUCUAGGGUUGUGCAAGGUUUCAGAUUCCAUUACUGAGAUUUUUUUUCACCCCGUGUUUAACAUGAAUGCUUAAUCUAUAACACUGUAUCUGUAUUUUUCAUAUAAAGAGUUAUUUUUUGUGGCUGAGACAGUUUGGACCAUCCAGUUUUCUAAUCCAUAGAACAUGUGUCUAUCUUGAAAGAAAAAUAAACAUAUAAAUAUAUUUAUCAUAAA